AUGUCGCUUGGAGAAACUGCUUGCUCAUACGCACUUCUCAUCCUCGAAGAUGAUAAAAUUGCCGUCACUACUGACAAUAUCACCACUUUGUUGAAAAGUGCAAAGGUUGAUGUUGAAUCAUAUUGGCCCAGUCUAUUUGUUAAACUUGCUGAGAAGAAAAAUAUUAAGGAUUUGAUUGCCAGUGCUGCUGGUGGUGGAGCUCCAGGAGCUGUUGCCGCUGCUCCAGCUGCUGCUGCCGGUGGUGCUGCUGCUGCUGCUCCAGUUGUUGAGGAGAAAAAGGAGGAACCAAAAGAAGAAAGUGACGAUGAUAUGGGAUUUAGCUUGUUUGAUUAG